AUUGAUCGUCAACAACUCAAUUGGGAGAUUUGACUCGCGAGUUGUUUCCCACAGUGCCCAACUGAUCACGCUUCUCGGCAGAGAGCAAGAACAACGGAGCGACUCAAGCCAAAAUGGUUACAUCCCAUGAUGAAGCAGGGACUCCCCUACUGAACUGGGGAAAUGUCUGGUUUGGGUUUUUGUUUAUUGUCUUGGAUAUCUUUCUUUCCAUCAUUCUCGGCGUGAAGAUAGGGGGUUCGCUCUUGUCUGCGAGCGUCCGAUGCGUCCUUCAACUUUCUCUCCUGGGACUUGUGCUCCAGAGCGUGUUCAACGCCCGCAAUGGGUGGGCAGUGUUCGGGAUAACAGUGUUGCUGAUGUGUCUGGGCACAUUUGAGGUUGUUAUUAAUAAAACGAAGAUGAGAUUCACAGGCAUGGUCCCUGCGAUAAUGGCUUCCAUGAUAAUUGGUACAGUUCCCGUCUCCAUCAUUGGUGGGAGAUUUGCAAUGCGUAAUCAACCCUUCUGGGCCCCUGAAGAGUACAUACCUACUAUUGGAAUGCUCUGUGGAAAUGCCAUCUCCGCCAUUGUCGUUGCAACGAAUUCAGUGCUCCGUGAACUAGAGACAAAGCGCGAAAAUAUUGAAGUCUUCCUUGCAUUUGGUGCCACGCGUCUCGAAGCAUGCAGGCCUAUUGCAAUCGAGGCGCUACGUUUGGCCCUUCUUCCCACGAUUAAUGCGAUGAGUGUGGUUGGGCUUAUCUCGAUCCCAGGAAUGAUGACUGGUGCACUGCUCGGUGGGUCGAGUGUAGAUCAAGCUGCAAAACUGCAGAUGGUUAUCAUGUUCAUGAUCACUGCAGCCUCGGCACUAGCAUCCAUUACAUCGACUCUUUGGGCACUAACCGUUACAGUAGAUGACGAGCAUCGUAUCCGGCCAGAUCGCAUACAGACACAACAACACAGCAUAUGGCGUGCGUGGGAUCGUCUCGGUAACAACCUCGGUUCAGGGAUUCGAUCUGUGUUGGCAAAGGUACUCCCUCCCCGAAUCAACCCAUUCGUCGAAUGGUCUUGCCGUUAGGGGGGAAGAUCAUGGCGAUCAGACGAUUGGUCGAGGCGGUGGCGGAAGUGUGGGUGACGGUGGACACGAUGCCCGAGAUGUUGAGCGCGGGUAAAGGGGGUGAGGUACUUGAAGCAUAGC